AUGUCUUUCUCAUCUCUCGUAUCCGACCUCACGUACCGCGACCGCAAUGGCGGCAUCGAGGAAAGACGCAACCCAAUGUCGCGCCAGGUCUCCACCAUGUCCCGCGCCAGAUCAUACGCCAGCACUGCGGCCACCAGCGUCAGCAUCUCGGGAGACAUCUCAAGUCAACUUCACGGUGGUUACAGCCACCCGCUCGCUCGUUCAUGGCAGGCUGAGCGUCAGUUGACAAAGUCAAUGCUCAUUCUGCCCCUGUUCAUCACCGACAACCCCGACGAAGAGACUCUGAUCCCUUCGCUGCCUGGCCAGUACCGCCGUGGUCUCAACAAGCUUACCUCUUUCCUCCGCCCUCUGAUCGCAAAGGGCCUCAAGUCGGUCAUCCUGUUCGGCGUGCCCCUCCACCCCGACGCAAAGGACGCUCUGGGCACUUCCGCCGACGACCCGACUGGUCCCGUCAUCGCCGCCAUCCGCCUCUUGCGCAAGGCUUUCCCUUCGCUCUUCAUCACUGCAGACGUCUGUCUGUGCGAGUACACCAGCCACGGACACUGUGGUAUCCUGCGCGAAGAUGGCAGUCUUAACAACGCUCUCUCUGUUGAUCGCAUCUCGGAUGUCGCCAUGGCUUAUGCCGAGGCUGGUGCUCACUGCGUCGCUCCCUCAGACAUGAACGAUGGUCGUAUUCGCGCCAUCAAGCUCAAGCUGAUCGAGGCUGGUAUCGCCCACAAGGUCGUGCUCAUGUCUUACUCGGCCAAGUUCAGCGGCUGUCUGUACGGUCCUUUCCGCGACGCUGCUGGCAGCUGCCCUUCGUUCGGUGACAGAAAGUGCUACCAACUUCCCCCUGGCGGCCGUGGUCUCGCUCGCCGCGCCAUCGUCCGUGACAUCAGCGAAGGUGCCGACAUCAUCAUGGUCAAGCCCGCCUCUUCCUACCUCGACAUUAUCAGUGACGCAAAGGAGCUUGGCAAGGACUUGCCCGUGGCUGCAUACCAGGUCAGUGGUGAAUUUGCCAUGAUUCACGCUGGCGCAAAGGCUGGAGUAUUCGAUCUGAAGGCCAUGGCUUUCGAGGCCACCGAGGGUAUCCUUCGUGCUGGAGCCAGUAUCGUGGUUUCGUACUUCACCCCCGACUUCCUUGACUGGUUGGAGAACUAG